AUGCAGCGUUUAGAGGAUGCAGCUGUGUUGGAGCUGAGUCCUGGGGGUGGCCGCAUGGGAGGAGGCAUCACACACAUGUGUAGGCAUCACAUACGCCGUGGCUUGGCCUGUGUGAUCCGUGAUCUGCUCGUGUAUCCCUGCCCCCGCAGGCAUCAUGCUGGGCCGCAUGGUGAGAGCGGGGCCCCCCUGGUCAGCUUCUGCCAGUGCCUCAAUGAGUCCGUCAUGAAGAUCGUGGCAGUGGCUGUGUGGUACUUCCCCUUCGGCAUUGUGUUCCUCAUCGCCGGCAAGAUCCUGGAGAUGGAUGACCCCACAACCGUUGGGAAAAAGCUGGGCUUCUAUGCAGUCACCGUAGUGUGCGGGCUGGUGGUCCAUGGCCUCGUCAUCCUGCCGCUGCUCUACUUCUUCAUCACCAGAAAGAACCCCAUCGUCUUCAUCCGCGGUGUCCUUCAGGCCCUGCUCAUCGCACUGGCCACCUCCUCCAGCUCGGCCACACUGCCCAUCACCUUCAAGUGCCUGCUGGAAAACAACCACAUUGACCGGCGCAUCGCCCGCUUCGUCAUCACAGCCACCGCAGCCAGCAUCGGGGCAGCUGGCAUCCCCCAGGCCGGGCUCGUCACCAUGGUCAUCGUGCUCACCUCCGUGGGCCUGCCCACAGACGACAUCACCCUCAUCAUUGCUGUCGACUGGGCUCUGGACCGCUUCCGCACCAUGAUUAAUGUGCUGGGGGAUGCGCUGGCCGCGGGGAUCAUGGCCCACGUCUGCCGGAAGGACUUCGCUCAGGACACGGACACCGAGUUGCUCAUCUGGUACCGGGGUGACUAA